GACAUUCUAGGCACGUGCUGCCAACACUGGGACGAGGCCUAGUGGGGCGCGGAUCGAGCAUUGAGAGUCGUCGUUAAUUCGAAAGGAAUACGCACCGUUCCCGGACAAUUGACGACGCUGGAACGCCGUUAACGGACGCGACAAUGGGCAGCGUCUGAAGUGGAGUCUCCGCAGCACCGACGAAAUGGACGUCUCGGUGCCGCGUCACGUGUUGUCUGCGCGUUGCGUCGCCAAUGCUCCCUGCUAAUGGCGCCAAACCGUGGCCCGCGCUGGCUGCCGCGGUCGACAUUCAAGGAACUGAUGUGACCGCCGCCUCUGUGCCGCGGAGCAGCGUUCCCCUUUUUGAAUUUGUGGACAUGACAUUCCCGAACUGAACCCAGCCGACGGGUCAACAGCUACGUUCCUCCAACUUGGAGCGGUCGUUCCGAGAGCCCGCUAUGGCAUCAGGAGCGAAGCAAAAGCGCUCGCCUGGCGAAGCCGACAAUAAGAUCGGAGGUACGUCCGGAAGCAAGCGGUUUCGCAAGAUCAGCGCAUGUGAGGACGACGACAGCCGGCUGUCCUCGUCCAAGUGUGCUGCGCCCCCUCCCAUGUCCAAGAUCUACAACAGCUCCUAUCGCAACAACAAGCCAGCGGAGCUGUUCCGCAAGGACCUGAUCAGUGCCAUGAAGCUGGCGGACAGCGAGCCCCUGGAGGCGGAGACCUACUGGCCCAUCUUGGACACCUGGAAGCAGGAGUGGGAGAGGGGGGUGCAGGUGCCUGUGAACCCCGACCACCUGCCACAGCCGCUCGUCCGGGUACUCAAGAAACGGAACCGCUCGGCUGACUUCAAGCUGCCACCGAAGCGGUUCUUGCGUUGCACCCACGACGAGUUCUUCUCCAACAACCUGCACGUGCUGACCAACGUGAGCCUGCAGGCGGAGAAGACGUGUCGCUACGACCUGGAUGCGAUGGACCAGCACUGGUUGCGCAUUUUCAACGACGAGAGGAAGGCCUACGGACUGGAGCCUUUGUCGGAGUUGGCGAUGGAGACCCUCAUGGAAGAUUUUGAGACGCAGUGUUUCGAGAAGCUUCAGCGGGAGAUUCGGACAGAGCAGGGACUGGGGAUCGAGUACGAUGAAGACGUUGUGUGUGACGUCUGCCGUUCGCCCGACUCGGAGGAAGGCAACGAGAUGGUGUUCUGCGACCAGUGCGACCUGUGCGUGCACCAGGCCUGCUACGGCAUCACCCGCAUCCCCGAGGGGUCCUGGGUGUGCCGUCCCUGCGCCCUAGGCAUCCGGCCCCCCUGCGCCCUCUGCCCCGCCCGGGGAGGAGCCAUGAAGAGCACCCGGAGCGGCAGCAAGUGGGCCCACGUCAGCUGCGCACUCUGGGUGCCCGAAGUGAGCAUCGGCUGCGUCGAGAAGAUGGAACCCAUCACCAAGAUCUCCGAGAUUCCCGCCAGCCGUUGGGCCCUGACCUGCUGCCUCUGCCGCGAGCGGAUGGGAGCCUGCAUCCAGUGUUCUGUGAAGGCCUGCAAGAGGGCGUACCAUGUGACCUGUGCCUUUGAGAACAGCCUCGAAAUGAAGGCCAUCAUUGAUGAGAACCCCGAGGACGGUGUCAAGCUGAGGUCUUUCUGUCCGAAGCACAGCAAGAAGACGCACCGCAAGGAGGCGCUCUCGGACAACUCUACUGAUCCGGACAACCGAAAGAUGGCCACCCGAGGAUCCGAGCACGCCCCAAUCCGGAGGGAGAUCGAGAUGACCAGCGAAGAAAAGGACAGCGCUCGCCUGGCCAAGAUCCAGGCGAUCGAGGCGGAGUUCUACAAGCACGUGAGCACGAAGGAGACGGCGGAGGCAACGGCCGCAGAUCCCGUGGUCGUAGACUUCGUUUUCAACUAUUGGAAGCUCAAGCGCAAGGCGAACCACGACAAGCCGCUGCUGACGCCGCUGAAGGAAGAGACGGACCGGCUGGACAAGCUGGAGGAGAACAGCCUGUACUCGCGCGUCAAGAUGUUUGUCCACCUGAGGCAGGACCUCGAAAGGGUACGCAACCUGUGCUACAUGGUGACGCGCCGUGAGAAGAUUGCCAAGUCCUUCCUCAAGAUCAAAGAGGACAUCUUCGAGCAGCAGGUCCGGGUGGUCAUGCAGCCGGGGCUCAAGCUCUCCGACCGGGAGCGGGAAGCCGUGGUGCUUGCGGGACAGAGCGAGCACCUCUACGACCGCCUGAACUCUAAUGACCCGACGGGCCCCAAGCCGUGCCUGCGGCUUCUCCUGGACGCGCUCGAGGGGCGAGAGGUCGCCGACCUCUACGGACAGGUCCGAAAGUCGCUGAAUGCGACGCCCACGCGGCUUCCGAACCCGUACGCGAAGCAAUACGUCAACGGGUUGAGGUCGCGCAGGCUCUCCGCAAUGCUGACCGAGGGCCUCGCCAACGAAGGCACCGCGGAGGUGGUGAAGCUGGAAGCCGAAGCCGAAGCGGCGGGAGUGGCUGAAGCUGCGAAGCCCACCCUGCCUACAACAAGGUGUCUCCGCAACGGAGAGGUCGGGUUGCAGACGCCGAGCGCGGAAGUGAAGGAGGAAGCGACGGACUCGCCGAAAACAGUGCCGUCCGACGCCGCGGAGUUGGAACCUUCGGAGGAGAAAAAGCCGGAGGAGAGCACGGGUCGGAGGUUUAGGAACAGGAUUGAGAACCUGACGGGGAGGACGAGAAACAACCACCACCAGCCCAAGCGGCCCGAGCCACCGCCGCAGCCGCCUCGACUCGUCGAGGAACACGGCGACACAAUGCGCUGCACGCGGAGUUCGUCCCACAAACCGGAAGAGCCCACGCCGCGGGAACGUGUCGUUUCCGAGCAGACGGACCCCAAGGGAUCCAACGCGGAGAAACGUCCGGGAACGGACGAGAAUGCGCCCAAGAAGAGGGUGGAUCACCGGGAAGACGUUUUGAAGGGAGUGUUGCGCGUCGAGCCAGUGUCGCCGCUGCCACCACCGCCGCGCUCUUCACCUCUGGGCGGCUACCGCAUCCCGAAGAAGGCGAGGACACCCAACGGGGUGUUUGUACAGGACCGGCGCGGAAGCUCCCCGGUUUCGCCGCUCCACGAAGUGCCGAGCCACUGCUACGCCGCGGGGAGCGACUGCUACACCAGGGGGCAGCUGCGUCACUCACGGAGGGGGGAGGCAGCGUGGGAGAGGUCGCACCUGUCAUCCCUGCGGCCGGUCUUGCACCGUGACGGGGCCGGCCACGCGGAGCGGUGGAACCGCGAGUUGGACUUCGGGGCGUCAUCAGGGGGUCCAACGGCGGCCCCGCCCGCGGACUGGGGGAGCAAGUCGGAGGUGAAAGAGAAUGGGAGCCGGUACUCGAUGCGGUUCCGACCAAAGUGUGGGAAGGAAAGCUAACUGCGCGUGACGCGCAUCGCGUAGAUUCGCCUGUAAGAUAAGUGAACAUCGUCGUUCUUAGUGUACAUACUUCGCCGCGCAUCAUUCUUUUCAUUUUACCGACCAGUCGACAGGAGGCGGCUGUGAAUUGAGGAACAGACGAACGCUACUCGAAUAGCUUUUAAGUUGGGAGAAAACGCCAAUCUCAAAGGCUGGAUAGUCUGGUUCGGAUUCAUUAGGGGGAACAUUUUAGCAAGCUGGGUUUGCUUUGAGAGAGCGUCCAGCAUCACUCUCAUUCAAAUUUUUUUUUAUUAUUGGAUCAUUUGUUAGCUUGUAUUUUACGAACCAUCCGUAACUGCCUUUUGCAAAAGAAGGUAAACCCGAGCCUGUACAGCAUUUUUUGUUUGUUUCUGGGCUACGAGGGAAAAUGCACUUGUCUGUAAAUACCCCUGGUGUACAGUGUUUUAAUGUUGUUUAAAAAUAAAAACGAAGCUCACAAUU